AUGGCUGACGGAGUUCUGUUUGACAUGGCUGGGAAACUCUUGCAGUUGUUGGGCGGCUUGGGCCCCCUUGUUUUCCAAGAAAUUGGACUGGCUUGGGGAGUUAAAGAUGAUAUCACUAAGAUCAACAAAACAGUUCGUAGUAUCAAGGCGGUUCUUCUCGAUGCUGAGAAGCAGCAUGGCAAGAAGAAUGAACUAGUGAUAGAAUGGCUUCGAAGGCUAAAAGUUGUAUUUUAUGAAGCAGAUGACUUAUUGGAUGAUUUAUCCACCGAACUUAUAAGGCGAGAACUGAUGAUCGGUAAUAAAUUGGCAAAAGAGGUAUGCAUCUUCUUCUCCAAAUCCAACCAAAUUGCAUAUAGUCUUAAGAUGGCUCAUAAAAUUAAGAAUGUUAGGGAGAAGCUAGAUGACAUUGCAAAAGAUAUGGCCCAAUUUCAUUUUAUUGAGCAUCAUUUUGAGAAACCAAUCUUGAAUACAAAUAGAGAAACACAUUCUUUUGAACUAGUUGAAAAUGUUAUCGGGAGGGAAGAUGAUAAAAAUAAGAUUAUUCAACUUUUAUUAGACUCAAAUUAUGAGGAGGAUGUCUCAGUUAUUUCUAUAGUUGGUAUUGGUGGAUUAGGAAAAACCACACUUGCUCGACUUGUCUACACUGACGAAAAGCUCAAAUACCAUUUCGAUUUAAGAAUGUGGACACAUGUCUCUGAUGAGUUUAGUGUGAAAACAAUUGUUAAAAACAUCCUAAAAUCUAUAAAUGCUGGAAAAGUAGGAUUUGAGAAUUUUAACUUGAAGAUUUUGGAUGACAUAUGGAAUGAGAAUCGUGAGAAGUGGCUUCAGUUGAAAACACUAUUAGUGAAUGAUGUGAAAAGAAGUAAGAUAUUGGUUACUACUCGUAGUAAACAAGUAGCAAAAAUUAUUAGCAAACCUUCUUUGAUUUAUGAUUUGAAAAGCCUAACAGACGAUGCGUCUUGGUCUUUGUUUACAAAAUUGGCUUUUGAAGAUGGAAUUGAACCAAAAUGCUCAAAACUAGUAGAAAUUGGGAAGCAUAUUGUAGCAAGAUGUGUUGGGGUUCCCCUUGCCGUAAGAACAAUAGGACGCUUACUUUAUGAGAAUAAUAAGGAAUCCUAUUGGUUGCAUUUCAUGGAAGAUGAAUUGAUAAAAAUCGAUGAACAAGAAGAAAGUGAUAUUAUACCAACACUUAAAUUGAGUUAUGAUAAUCUCCCCUCACACUUGAAACAAUGUUUUGCUUAUUGUUCAUUGUUUCCCAAAGAUUUUGAGAUUGACAAGGAGUCAUUGAUUAAUCUUUGGAUGGCUCAAGGAUUUCUUCAAUCACCAUAUGCUAACCAAUCUCUUGAAGAUAUUGGUCAUGAGUAUUUUGUUAAUUUAGUUUCUCGCUCAUUUUUUCAAGAUGUAACGUACGAGAAUUAUCCGGUGACAUGCAAGAUGCAUGAUCUUAUGCAUGAUCUUGCAACUUUGGUUGCCAAACCUGAGUGUAUCUUGGCUAAGUUGGAUGCAAGAAAUGUUGAUGAAUUAACUUUGUCAUGUUUCAUUUGA